AUGGCCAAAAGACCACGUGAUCCUCGCAGCACCGCCAGUGCCGCAAGCCAGUUCCACACGCUGCGCCAGAUUCCAUCCAUCGGCCCGGCUCAGUGUCGCCAGAUCGUUGCGGUGCUGGACGCGGAUGGGCGGGGCACACGCGUGCAGCAACGACGUGAUGAGGUGCAUGGCGAGGUGAUGGAGCACCUUCAGGUCAUGGACCUGCCGGCCAAGGAUCCCGCAUCCAAAGUCCAAGUCAGCUACAUGUCUGUAGCCGGCGUGCUGCAGGCUAAGUGCAACGCUUGUCCACUGUUCCAUGACUGCCUCCGCGCAAUAGCCCAGGAAAGGGACAACCAGCUGACGCUGGUGGUGUACCUGGACGAACGCACGCCUGGGAAUGUGCUCUCUCCCGACAAUGCUCGGAAAUCCAACCUUACGUACUGGACCAUCCUCCAACUGCCGCAUAUUUACCUUGAGGACACUUGGCUCACCUUGUCCGUGAGCCGGACGUCAGAAAUCAGUGCUUUGCGGCAUGGCAUGGUCACUCUCGCUGCGGCGCUACUGCGAGCUGUGCGGGCGGAGACAGUCAGCGGUGUCCCGGUGGAGCUUUCUGGCUCGGCGGAGCUCCUGUUUUUCGACCGCGUGCUUCUUCUCGCAGACCACGAAGGCCUGCGCGCUGCCACUGGCUGCAAAGGAUCUUCGGGUAUGAAGCCAUGCCUGAAGUGUGCCAAUGUUAUGAACACUGGCUACGGCAACGUCCGAUGGCACGUGACAGUGGCCGAGCCAGACAUAACAAGCUUCGUGCCACAGACUCAAAACAGCCUCCGCGCUGCGAUUGACCACCUGUCAACCAUGCCUACGAAAACUUCCCUCGGCGAGGCCGAAAAGCUCCUGGGCUGGAAGCUGGAAGAAGCUUCUGCCUCUUUUCUUCUUGCUCCCGACAUGCAAGAAUGGUGCGAGCUAGAUUCCUGCACGUUUGACGCAAUGCACGCGCUUUGGUCCAACGGCAUAGUGGGGCAAGAGCUGGGCUACUGGUACACAGCCCUGCGCCGCAAGGCUAACCUCAGCCUCACAGACAUGCGGCGCUACGUAGAGCUAGGCUGGCAUGGAGUCGGGCGGGCGCGGGGCAUAAACCUCUUGAGUCUGUUCACAGUCCACCUUUGGAGGGAGGGGGCCGACUUUCGAGGAGAUGCGGGCCAAGCGCUGUUUGUGCUUUCCAUUUGUGUGCAGUUUAGCGAAGACAUUGCCAUUGGCCUCUGCGCAGACAUGCGCCGGGAGCACUCCUCUCUUGAAGCGUUGCACCGCGUGUGCUUGUGCGUCCUCGAAACGAAGCGCGACACUGCCCAUGGCUCUCAUCUGGCUCGGCUGCAAGCUGAGCACAUCAGAAGCUUUGCGGCUGUCUACGGCGCUGAUAAGGUCCGGCCCAAGCUGCAUUAUUCCUUGCACCUGCAGCAGCAGUGCUGGAAGUGGGGUCGCUUGGUUGACUGCUUCACUUGUGAGAGAAAGCACCGCGCUUUCAAACGUGUCGCAAGAAGGCAACAAAUGCUAGCACGCUUUUCCCAGCAGUGCUUGCUCGAGUUAGCAAGCGCUGAACUCCGCUCCAAGCAGCCAGCCAAGAGGCUUCUGUGGCGCCUGGACGGUCGGACGACUGAGAACGUGGACGUCGGCGCUGCGCUGGGCGCCACUGCUCCAGCCACCCUGGCCCCGCGAGCUCUUGGCCCAGACACAAUCUCAAGAGGGGAUGUUUUGAUCCCCUCCCCUGCGGAAGCCUUUGAAGUGCUCGGGGUAACCUCCGUGGACUCGCGCAUCCUUCUGCUGAUCCACGUCUUGGAACCAGCAGACCUUCAUUUCAACACGACCCGGUCGGGACGAUCGAAAUGGACACGCGCGAGCACGCUUAGAUUGCACGCUGUCCAUAUAGAAAGUGUAGCGUCAGCGCCUCGGGCCAUGCACAUGCGCGAAGAGCGCAUUGGCAACACCACGCACAUCUGGCUGCUCGAGUAG